AUGUAGGUUUCAAGACGACAACAAAUGUGAUACAGUUGUUUAACACGGGAUUAUAACGGAGGUUUAAACCAGUUUAACUCUAACAAUGGAAGAACGCUGGGUUUCAAGACGCCAACAAAUGUGAUACAGUUGUUAAACACGGGAUUAUAAUGGAGUUUUAAACUAGAAUAUCUUAACUCUGACUAUGGAAGAACCCCGGGUUUCAAGACGACAACAAAUGUGAUACAGUUGUUAAACACGGGAUUAUAACGGAGGUUUAAACCAGAAUAACUCUAACAAUGGAAGAACGCUGGGUUUCAAGACGACAACAAAUGUGAUAGAGUUGUUAAACACGGGAUUAUAAUGGAGUUUUAAACUAGAAUAUCUUAACUCUGACUAUGGAAGAACCCUGGGUUUCGAGACGACAACGAAUGUGACGUAGUUGUUUAACAUGGGAUUCUAACGGAGGUUUUAACUAUAAGACCUUAACUCGGACUAUGGAUGAACAGGAUUUCAAAUACGAACUGGAGGACGCUGCUAAGAACGGCAAUAUAGUCAGAGUGAAAGAACUUUUGGAUCGAGGUGCACACCCGAAUACGGGGUAUUCUUUGAGGCAUGCAUCGAUGGAAGGUUACAAAGACAUAGUAGCACUACUCCUAGACAAGGGAGCCGAUAUUGAAAAGGGGGAAGCAUUGAAAUGGGCUGCACGGCACGGUCACAAAGAGGUGGUAAAUCUACUCCUUGACAAGGGAGCAGAUAUUAAUAAGCAACACAAUUAUAACAAAUCAUCAAGCCAGGAAAAAAAGAAGAAAAUGAAUCAUCGACCUAUUCGAACAAUCUCAUUUCAAUACUCUUUAGACAGAUAAUAUGACUGUACAACGAGAAAGGAAUUGUCAGAUUGGAACAUCUGUUGUGAAAAAAGAGA